AUGAAUAUGAGUGCAUUGCAGCAGCAGCAGCAGCGUACCAAAGCCAGUGCUUUACACAGCUCCAGCAGUGCAGCAGCCGAACGCUGGACAACGAGCUAUCGACCGAUUAGCAACUGCUGCGAACGGCUCCGAGACCGAGUGACUGGACUAACGAAACUGGCCGCAUGGCUGACUCGGCAGAGUACCCCAGCAAACGGACUGCCGCUGAUUUCAAAAAUACGUGCGAUCAUACCGUAA